AUGGUCUCUGUCGAGAAUGACAUGGUGAUGGACCCCAUGCCCAAGCAUGAACCCGGUCCAGAUGGGUCAAUCAGUUCAAGCGUGUCAACGCCAGACCCCGAAGCCGAAGUCUUGACUCAAGAUGCGGCGCAAACACAGAAGAGGAAGGGAGGCAGGAAACCUAUCUAUGCCACCUCGGAAGAGCGCAAACAGCGCAACCGCCAGGCCCAAGCCGCCUUCCGCGAGCGCAGGACAGAGUACAUCCGCCAACUAGAGACAACCAUCAAGCGCAAUGAAGAAUCGCUUCAAAGCCUCCAGCAAAGUCACCGCAGCGCCGCCGACGAAUGCCUAAUGCUGCGCUACAAAAACUCCCUGCUGGAGCGCAUCCUCCUGGAAAAGGGCAUCGACGUCCAAGCCGAGCUACGCCUCAAGACCGGAGCGCCGGGCGCUACCCCCAAAACAAACCCAAUGCCACAGAAGAGCGCACCAGGUGCGCGCUCAACCCGACACCCAGCGGGCAUCGCCUCCAAGCCCGAAGCCUUCGGCAUCUCCCAGCGCGAAGGUGCCUACGGCGUCCCAUCCCCCCAGUUCCAGGCCACACCCACCUCCCACGUCUCCUCCCCAUCCCACGCCAAAUCGCCAGGCUUCGGCUUCCAGGGCGCCAUGUCCCCCGUCGAACAAGGAGGUCAGGGUCGUCCCCAGCUCCUCCCCCAACCACGGAGUUACAACCAGACCUCGCCGCCGGCGAUUAGCAUGCCGCAGACGGAACCCUCAGACGCCAAGUCAUCGCGUAUGGGCCCGCGCGGGGGACGCGUUGCUGCAGCAUACUAUCCCUCUCCUUUCCAGAAACAUUACGACCAGCUCGAACAAGAAUAUGACGCCCAAGCCGACCUCGUCGACGACGAGCACGAUGGCUCAUCAUCCUUCGUGCCAGGCUUCACGCCACAGUCCGUCGCCUCGGGCUCGCACAUGUCUGGCUUCAACCAGUCAGGAGGCGAGAGCACACCCGGCGAUUUCAAUAAUGCAAAUCACCUACUCGGACAGUAUGAGCCGAUGCUGGAUACAGAUCCGUUCGGGUUGAGUGCUAGCAUGCACUUCCCCACGCCAUUCAACUACGAGCAGAAUAACUCGCGGCAAUGA